AUUAGAGAGAGAAAAGAAGUGGUGGCCAGGGACGACCCCUCAGUUUACGCGUGGUCUCCCUCGGUCGCGUGCCACUGCGUGGGCGGCGAGUGUUCAGGUCUUGACGUGGUCUAUAGUCCUGUGGAGCUCUGGAAGCCAACCAGAUGGCAUCUUUGACUGCUGUGCCUAUAGGUUUUCACUAUGAGACAAAAUAUGUUGUCCUCAGCUAUUUGGGUCUGUUAUCACAGGAAAAACCUCAGGAACAGCAUUCUCUGCCAACUCAAGAUCCAUCUACAGUUUCUCAAGCUUUAGAUAAGGAGGUUCUGGAGAAAGUUAAAGCAGAAAUUGAGGACGAAUUGAAACAUCUUGAUGAAGAAAUUUUGGAAGCCUUUACCAGCACAGGAUUUGACUGCCACACAUCUCCAGUCUUCAGUCCUGCUGACCCAGAGACUUCAAUAGAAGACUGUUUAGCACAUCUUGGAGAAAAAGUAUCCCAAGAACUGAAGGAACCUCUUCAAAAGGCAUUAGAGGCCCUACUUAGCAAGCCAGUGACUUAUCAGGAAUACAAAGAAAGGACACAGGAGGCAGCAACUCAUGCCACUGGAUGGAGUAAGGUUUUAGUGCCUUUGGUAAUACUUCAGCAGUUCUUAGUGGAGCUCACAAGACGGGGCCAGGAGCCGCUUGGCGCACUGCUGCAGUUUGGUGUGACGUACCUAGAAGACUAUGUUGCAGACUACGUCAUUCAACAAGGCGGAUGGGGCACUGUCUUUAGUUUGGAUUCUGAAGAGGAGGAGUACCACGGACUCAUUGCCGAAGAUAGCAAUGACAUCUAUAUCCUAACCAGUGACAACUCAGGCCAGGUGAGCCCUCCUGAGUCACCCACAGUGACAACGUCCUGGCAAUCAGAGAGCUUGCCCGUUUCCUUGUCAGCUAGCCAGAGCUGGCAUACGGAGAGCUUGCCAGUCUCUUUGGGGCCCGAGUCUUGGCAACAAGUGGCCAUGGAUCCCGAAGAAGUGAAGAGUUUGGACAGCAAUGGAGGUGCGGAAGAGAGAAGUGAAAACAACUCCUCUAACUCUGAUAUUGUACAUGUUGAGAAGGAGGAGAUCCCAGAGGGGGUUGAGGAAACAUUAACUUCUGAAGCAGUUCUUCAAUCUGAAACUGCAAAGCAGGGUUCCUCAGAUGCUCCUACCACCUUGCUGGAGAUGGAGUCAGAGGCAGAAAUCAUGUCAAUUAAAAAACCAAGCCUAUCUGCGACUAUGCCUACUGAACACCAGAAAGAGGGAGCGGCAGUAGUGGAGUUGGAACCUGAAACUCCAGUACUGAGUAAGCCUGCCAAGAAAUCAUCUCCUGUAGAGGACAAAGCAGCCUCCAAACCUGAGAGAAUACUGCCUCCAGAAGAGGAACUGGAGGUGAGGAAAGAGGGCUAUUCCGAAGAAAAGGAAGAGAAGUCUCCCGCUGGAGAAGAGAAACCCAUCCUGCUGCCAGAAGGCAAAUCAAUUCUGCUAUACGGUGGGGCUGCUGCAGUGGCCAUCCUGGCAGUGGCAGUGGGUGUAGCGCUGGCGUUGCGGAAGAAGUAAUGGACUUCGCUUGGAUCCACAUUUAGUUGCAUUGACUGAGGGUUAUGAUGCCCACUGUUAAUGGGGAAUCUAUGUAACUUAAAGGGUGGUGGGGCAAGGGUACGCUGUCAGGUUAAGUCUAGGGACAAUCAUGUUUUUAGUGGACUGGGGCUGGAGCUUCCUGAUUAACAUAUAGGGGUGUCAUUUUUUAAAACCCUGCACAUGUAAGUAUCUAUGUAUAAAUAAGGAACGUGAAUGUUUAUACACUGGAAACUGGAAUCUAAAAUUCCAGGGGAAUGGGAGAGUUGAUGGCUACCCCCUGGAGAUUUUCCUUACAUAGCUGCUAUUGCAGCUUUUCGGUUCCCCAUCCACCUCUUGAAUGAGAGGUGCUUCGGUUUGGCAGCAUGAGGCUGGUCUCCCUUUUUUUGCCUCAGCUUCCUCAGGUACUGCACUGCUCCUGUUGACCUCCCAGUUCUCUUUUAAACCCCAGUGGGGUAGUGCUUCUUCAAACCUCUUUGCUUUCUACUUUUGUCUCCCCCCGCAAUACUUUCUGAGGCCCACCUUUCAAAAAUUGUGCUUCUCUCUAGUAGAAUUCUCAGUGUUCUAUAAUGUUGUGUGGAGGAAGUAAGUCUCCCAGGGUGAAUUAGAAUGGUUUGGAUGGGAAAAGGUAGAUGUUCUUAGAGCCCCCAUGUGUAUUUGUCACUUCAGUGAUUACCGAAAACCUGACUCUUCCCUCCCCCCUUACUCCAUACUACUUCACUGCAUCCAUUUUGGUGGGAGCUGUAAUAUUUUGAUCAAGUUUGUUAUGAUUAUGAAAGAAAAUGAUGGAAAUAUUUCUACCCAGUAUUCAUAAGCAAAAACUGAUGAGUCAGAGUUGAUCUGGCACCAUUUGUGAAAUGACUUAAGCACCCACUUGGCUCAUCUUUUCUUCUGAAUUUGCACAACGUUCAAUGGUGGAUUGCAUUUAGCCUUAAAUUGACCUUGGCCACUGCCAAAUUAGCAAAUCCAGGGUCUUCCGAGAAACCUCCAAUCUGAACAGCAUCAUGCUAUACCUUCCAGUUAUCUGCCUAAUUCCUGGCUAUAGGAUGAGUGAUGUUGUGAAAGCUGGUAGUCUCAAGCAGCUCAUGUAAAUUUCUUGGGUAAUUGUUAUGUGUACAGAGUUUGGAGAAGUACUGAGAAAAGGUAGAUAAAUUAAAACCAAAUAUUUUUUUCUCCAAAUACAUUUAAUCCUGGUCUGUGACAUAAUAGAUGUAUCCCUUCUUUCAUCCUCCACUUUCAUUAAAUGAUGCUGAGGGCUCCCCCCCUCCAUUUCUAGUGAUUUGUAGCAGCGUUAAAGUGUAGAGUUAGUGGUGGGGGGGGGAGCGUUCCCUCCUCUUAAACCUUUGCCAUAGCUGCCUUUUCAUGUUAUCUUCUGUAGAUCAGAUGAUCAAGAAGUUCCUAAAUGUCUUUAUUUAGACAUGGUUUCCAGCUUUCUAUUCAUAUAAAUAAAAUUAAAAGCAUCUCAAAUGAUUACACACGAGCUAUCAUGUGGCAUUUACAUUCAUUUGGCAACAUCUUGGCAAAAAUGUAGGAUCUCCUGGUCGUAACAUUGACAAUUUAAAUUGCCUUUGUUGGCACAUCAAUUGAGCAAAUGUGCCAAUAUUUCAUUUUUAGGCAUUUGCUCAUCAAUAGACUUGCUUCACACAUGAAACCGUCUAUAGCCAUACCAGCUUGGAGACUGGUGGCAGGCAGUCUUACUGUACCAGGGAUAUUGGUACAGGUAAAUUUGAUGGAUGUAGCUCAAAAGGGGACAGGUGAAGCAAGCCCUAAGAACUUCAUUGUAACCUGGCCUUUUUUACCAACUCCCUUUUCAAAAACCUGUCUCUCUACUUCCUCUUAAUAAUGUGAUAAUUGAUGUUCUUCAAAAAGCUGUGAUUCAGUAGGGUUUUCAUAUACAUUUAAUUAGUGGUACUUGCUCUUCUGCAUCUUAACAUUUAGUUGCAGUGGUCUCUUGUGUCAGGUACCCAUGGAUCUCUGGUGGUGGUUAGUUAUCCUGUUCAACAUUAGCUCCAGCAAAGGAUCAAAGGUGAUCAGAAAGUUCAGUUCUAAUGCCUUGUGCGGGAGGCAGCAUCAUGUUGAAAACUUUUUUGGGAACCAAAUUAGUGGAGCACUGCUUCAUGCAUCCCAUUCUACCAAAUUUGGCAUGUAUCAUCUUGAGGCAAUCUUGCUCAUUGCAUAACCACAACCCUGGAUUUGCUGUCAGUUGACAUUGACAGGGAAUCACAGGCAAGUCACUCCUCUCUGGUGAAUGUCUUACUCACUUGCAAACAUGUUUUGGCAUUCCUGCAUUAUUUUUAGCGUGAAUCUAAAACCUCCUUCGUGCACACCACAUUAGUUUUAAGGUAGCCCUUGAAUGAAGGGGGGGGGGUUCCACUUGUUUGGCUAGUGCUACAGGACAGGAACUGUGCUACAGCUGCUGACUAGGUAAUUCAGAGCUUUAGCGCUAUUUAUCAUUUUACCAAAAAAGUGCCUCAGUGUAUUCCAUUAUUUUCCUUUGUAUAUUUGCCUACUUUCUGAUUCAUAGCUUUCUUGGCAGGUCGUGGUGCUGAAGGCUUUGGAAGACUAGUUCAGAAAAUGAAAUAACCCUUAGCACCUGUAUGGCUGGUUUAAAGCCCUGCUGCAGCACAGUUCCUCUGGAAGUGUUUGGUUCCUAGAACCUGCUUCACCACUUUGCAAGUCUCACAGUCGCAACUAGUUUGGCUUGUCAGAUACUUGGAAGUGCACUAGUACUGGACAACUGUGAUAAAAGAUAGGAAAUACCUAAAGUUAACUUGGUAGAAUUCUGAUAUGUAAACGGAUGGUAGAAGUGGAUGGUUCCCACCUUGCCUGAUUCUACGAUUUAACCUGAGCUUGUUAUUAGUACGAGGUCUGACAUUGGCUAUUGCCUACGCUAUUCCGUCAACAAAUGACUUUUGUUACGUUCUUUGUGUGGACUAUUGCUGCUUUUGUGACCUCAGUGAUGGUAUUUGAUGCUCUCACACUUUAUAAAUUCCCACUUCCACAUAUCUCUACACUAACCAUUUUACUUGAUCGAGAUGUGGUGUGUGUCACUUGCUGGGGGAAGCAGAAGGGGGCUGUCAGGGCCUGGCCCCUCUGCCUCAGUUAUGUAUCUCCUCUCUUAUUAAUGAAUAUGGGGAGACAGUGCUAGGAGGUCCUCUCUCCUAAUAGGCAAAGCCCUCCUUUAUUCAGUUGUCAGAAUGAUAGAAUAUUAGAAACAUUAAAAAGGAUGCAGAACUGAAUUGCUAUUAAGUAGAGGCCACUUGCGUAGCUGACAUUUGCCUAGAGCUAGUAUUCUGUUAUAGUGGGGAUUCAUAAUAGAACAAGGCUUGGUUAAGGUGUGGCAUCUUUUACACUUAUGUUUUGAAGUCAUAUCUGUUAAUUUACUUCUGUUUUCUUAGGCAAUGGCACUGAUGCUUUGAACCAAUGUCCUGCUGUGAAGUACCACAAGAGAAGGGCUAGCGUGUUGUAAAAGUACUUUGUACUCUGGCAAAAGUACUUCUCAGGGUUAUAUGUUCAUAUGCUGCAGACACAGGCCGGAGUACACAUUUAGUUUGGGGGCUGGAAAAAAUAUAUGCUAAAUACCUUUUGGGAGGGUGUCAUCUAGAACAUAUCUUUGGUCAUAUAUCCUAGUCAUGUAGAAAUUCCAAAAAUAGUAUAGGUUUGACCUCUGCAUUUGAACCCCUAAACUGAAUCACAAUUGCUCUCCUUUCCUCCCAAGUGCUUCCACUUGACAAAACACUUGGGUGGCAUGGCACUAGUCUACUGAAAGCCCUCCUUCCUUUCCAGUUAAAGCUAAGUCUAGUUUUCACAGCUUCACCUGCCUGGGACAAGCUCCAACUUGAUUACUAUGGCUUUGAAUGAUCGGCUGUGCUAUUUUAGACUUUACUACUGUAUUCAUGCCUGAUAGUUUUUAAAGAAACUCUUUCUUGAACAUGAAAUCCACAUGGUAGGGACUAACACUCCAGUACUCCUACAGCAUAGAUUUCUCUAACAAUUGCAUAGAGCGAUUGUUUGUAUCCAAGCAUUACAAAGGUGGUUCUUGAUUUAGGCUUUUAGGGAUUUCUCAAAGGCAAAAGCUGUUAACUGCUGCCUUACCCAUAAGGAGAUGGUGAAACAAGUCUUAGCUCCAUUGUGUCCACGUCUCUACACUUGCUAGCUUAAAAACAAGAUUUAUCCACAGUAGACUCCAAGAACAUAAACCAAAAUGCAAGGCAAACAGCUGAAAUUAUUCAGCAUUAUGUCGGAAAAGAGAGAGAAGCCCUGGCUGCUUUUUCAAAUAUUUUGGUUUUGAGUAGCUACAAAUGGGUGGGGAAAACCAUUACAGAAGGCUGAUAAACGAAUGAGUAUAAUAAACUGAGAACAAUUUAUCCCAGCGCAGUAAAAAGUAACUCUAGUGACUAACACUGCCAAUUUCAAAUCCUGUACACACAAGCAUGAAUUUGAUGACUAUCAUCAAACAUUCUGUCUUCUGCGUGUGCUUCCCCCACCCAUCAUGCACUUUGCAACAGUAAGUGGAUGUGAAUUAUGUGUGACAUGAGAUGCAAGAGCAAGUCAGUAGGUAUUCAGAGCAAGUGCAGUUCUUGAUCAUUCCUGGUGUAAGGGCUGUGCUUUUACAAAUAAUACUGUCUGAAACUUCUUGUGCCAUUUGUUGACUUGGGGUAAAAAGAAACCUGCUGUUUCCAGUGUUAAAAAGGGAGUGAUUGCCAGCUCCAUCAUGACUGUGUUUAUAAAUUGAAAGGGUCAUACAUUUUUCUUCCCCUAAUGGGACUCUGUUGUAAGACCAUGCCUCCACCACCACUCCAGUUGCACUUUUAAUAAAGUCAAUUUUGGAAAGAAAAAAAAAAGAGUGGACUUUCUUUGCAUUACAGGCAAAGGAUACCAUUUUUAAUUUCUUCACUUUCCCACCUCAUCCACAGUUGUAUAUUUUGAGAACAACUCAACUGUAUGUCUGCAUAUGAUUUAG